GCGCUGCAGCGGGCCGGCAGACGGAAGAUGGCGGCGGUGGCGGGGACCCUGGUCCGGCGGCUGCUCCGCUCAGGGCCGCGUCCGGGGCUGUGCGGAGCCGGAGGCCGAGAGCCGGGGGCUGCCCCGCGCAGAGCGAUCGGGCACGGCCGGGUGGCGGUGGAGCUGGACAGCAGCGCCGGGGUAGCUGUGAUGAAGAUGGAGAACCUUCCUGUGAACAGCCUGAGCUUGGACUUUCUAACAGAGUUUCUAAUAAGCCUGGAGAAACUGGAGAAUGACCGAGGCUGCAGAGGGGUCAUCCUGACGUCAGGUGCCCCCAAAAUCUUCUCCGCUGGCCUGGAUAUUAUGGAGAUGUACGGGAAGAGCGCAGAGCACUAUGCAGAGUUCUGGAAGGCCGUUCAGGAGAUGUGGCUCAGGCUGUACCAAUCCAACAUGGUGACAAUAGCAGCUAUCAAUGGGUCCAGUCCAGCAGGGGGCUGUCUGAUGGCCAUGUGCUGUGACUACAGAAUCAUGGCGGAGAACCCAAAAUACAGCAUUGGCCUGAACGAAACGCAGCUGGGUAUUGUUGCACCUUUCUGGUUUAAGGAUACAAUGGUGAACACUAUUGGAAACCGAGCUACAGAGCGUUCCCUCGAGCUGGGGCUCUUGUACUCCCCGCCUGAGGCCCAUAAAAUAGGCCUUGUAGAUCAGUUAGUACCAGAGGAGAAGAUACAGAGCAUGGCUGCUGCUGUGAUGUCACAGUGGUUAGCUAUUCCAGACCACGCCCGUCAGAUCACCAAGUCCAUGAUGAGGAAGCCGACUGUGGACCGUCUGCUCACCCACCGCGAAUCUGACAUUCAGAACUUUGUCAGCUUCAUCACAAAAGACUCCAUUCAAAAGUCUCUCCAGAUGUACAUGGAGAUGCUAAAGCAGAGGAAAGGCUGAGGAGGCGGCCUGCCCCCACAUGGGGUCACUGGCCUGGAAGACUGAAGAGCCAUAUGCCAACCUCUGAACACCCGGCAAUAGCUUUAGAUUUUUAAAAGGAAAUAUUUUUCAGUGUAAUUGAUCCGAUUUACCUGGCUGUCACCUUAGCCUCCUGUUUCUAGCCCUCUCACGCUGGUGCCUUGUCUUAUGGUGCCUAAUACUGAUGCCUUUUUCCUGAAGGGCUACAGGAAAUGUUUGAUUGGAUGUCCAAACAAAUAAAUGAGUGGUCAGCCCGUUCCUACUGUGAAACAUCAUACGCUGGCAUGGCUGGGGCCCUCUUGGCGCUCAGAUAUUUGCCUUCUGAAAGCGUGAAUGUUAAAAAUGUGAUUGUCCAAUAAAAUGUCUUGACAGGAGGCC